ACCUGAAAAGAAUAUAUUUUUAUAGUGAUAUCAGGAAAAACAAUUCAGAUACUAAGAUCUUUCAAGUAGAGUCAAAUCUAAAAUCAGAUCAUAAGUGAUCAAUAUAGAGCAUCAAAACACUUAAUUUAGAUUUUUGCAGGAAAAUAUAGAACAAUUUCCUUGUAUCUAGAUACAUCUUUACAGAGUGUGUGCAUGUCAACUUGUUUCUAGAGUAUAAUUAAUAGGAAUUUCCUGGAAGCUUCCUGUUACAUCUAAUACAUUGAAUAAUUUGAGGACAAGCUAUAAAUAUACCUCAAACAUGUAGCCAUGCAAACAUGAGCAAAACUCAAAAAUAUGUGUGAAGUAAAUACAUGUAUACAUAAAGAAAAAUACUGAAAAUUUGGAAGGACAGUUAUUCUUGUUAGUGCCAGGUAUUAAAGAUAAUGGAUAAUGGUCUGGAAGAUGAUGUAUUUCUGGAUCCUGACAGUAUUGCUGGCUUAGAGUCAAGUAUUAAAAAAAACACAGAUAAUGAAGGAACCAAGUACACCGAGAUAAGACCUAAGUCCGUUGAUCAAACCAGUAGCAGUACCAAGCCCCUUAUUAUUCUGGGGCUGAUAUUUGUGUCUUCUAUUGUAUGUCUUGGACUUAUAUACCUCAGCUUUCCAAAUCUGAAAGAAGAAGAAAAACAGCACAUAAAAUUACCAAGAAAUAUUGAAGAUGCAAAAAGUUUGGGUAAAGUCUUGUCUCAUUACAAGGACUCAUACUACAACCAAGUUCUGGGAGGAUAUUUCAUCACAUAUAUAUUCUUACAGUCUUUUGCCAUUCCUGGGUCAAUAUUCCUGAGUAUCUUGUCGGGAUUUCUAUUUCCAUUCCAUUUAGCCCUAUUUCUAGUUUGCUUGUGCUCAGGAAUUGGUGCAUCUUUCUGUUACCUGAUGUCAUAUCUUGUUGGGCGUCGACUUGUUGCAAGAUAUAUACCUGACCGAAUAGCAGAGUGGCAGUCUCAUGUGAAUAAACACAGAGAGCAUCUUUUGAACUACAUCAUCUUCUUGAGAAUCACACCUUUCUUGCCAAACUGGUUCAUCAACAUUGCCUCACCAGUGAUCAAUGUGCCGAUUAUUCCAUUCUUUAUUGGGACUUUUGUGGGUGUUGCCCCGCCCUCCUUUGUAGCCAUUCAGGCAGGAACCACACUACAUCAAUUAACGUCAUCGGGGGAUGCCAUUUCCUGGACCUCCAUCAGUGUACUGGGACUAUUCGCACUUCUCUCAUUGGUGCCAGUUCUUAUGAAGAAAAAACUGCAGGAGAAGUUUGAUUGAUGAAAAUUUAGAUUUAGAUCUCUUUUAACAAAAUAUCUCAUUCUUUAGUAUUUAUCUUUUAUUUCAGUCGGUGCAGAUUCGAAACAUGCUCAUUUUUAUUUCUAUUUAUUAUAUGAUCAUCAUAAUAUUAUUAAACUAUAAUUACAUGUACAAGUACUAGAAUCUUAUUUACGAUAAUGAGUAAUUUCUUGUUUGUAGUAUGUUGAUUUACCUGAAAUUAAUCCUACAUGUAUCCUUAACAUUAAGAAAAAAAUUAAAUUCCAUCUAUGUAUAAUCCAGUUUGAUUGGUUUCCCUUAUAUCAGUACAUGUAUUAGUACCAGCAUAUAAUGCAAGUAUUCAAAAAUUCAACAAUCAAUUUUGAUGUAGAGGGCUUUGAUAUAAUACAUAAUAUUCACAAUACAUAAACAGAUGAAUAGACUUAAGGGAUACUUUCUCAAAUGAUAUAGAGUGCAUGUUCUGGAUUUAAAAUUGGAGUACCAGUAUUUCAGUAAAAAAAAUCAGCAUUUUUUAUGAUUUUAGCUAAAAAGUUACCAGUAUUUUGAUAUCCUAGUUUUGCUCCAACAUAUUGGUUUUUUUUGCUAAACAAUUAAAAUCAGAUAUAUUAAAGAAAAAUUACAAUAAAAGAUCAUAUUUUUCUUAUGGGAAGAAAAAGCAGUUAUUUUCAAAUAAGUUGAAAAUGAUUUAUAUACAUGUAAACUAAUGAUUCCAACUCAAAAUCUCUUGCAAAGCUUCUGUUUUAUAUUUAUUUUGCUGAAUUUCAGGUCAGGUAAUGUGUUCAUUUGAAUGUUCCUAUCAUAUUAAUUCAUAAAAUCAUAUAUGUAUAUAUUAGGGUACCACUGGCUUGGUUGUAUUGCUGGGUUCUGGAAAGGUAAAAAAUAUCAUUAUUGUGUUAUAUCAGGAAUAUUUCUUUGUUCUUUUUAUAAUGGGGAUAAUAUUGAUGGUUGCACCUCUAGUCAUUGUUGACUUUGAUAUGAAAAAAUGAAUAUCAUAAGAAUUUGUGUUUAUUCCUGUUUACUUUUGCAAUCAAUUUUGAGAAUAACAAGGUUUUUUUUUUAAUAUUCAAAAGUACUGUGCAAAUUUGUGUAGUCACACUAAGUUGUUUUUAAAAUAAAAUGAACAUAAUUAUGAUCAUAUAAAGUUUAUGUAUUCUUUUAACAAGUUCUGCUAAGCAGAUUGAAUAAUUUUUUUAAUUAAAAAUUUGGUCUUUAGUUGUAAAAAAAGCUUUAAAAGCAUCCCUUUUGGCUUACCAAAAAAGCCAUAAGAUUAAUAUUUAUACCACAUGCACAUAUGCAUGUAUUGCAAUUACAUCUAAUUAGGAAGUGUUCCAGUGAUGUUAAGCAUGUGCAUUCCUGUAUAUCCAAGAAGUUAACUUAUAUUUUGUGGUAUCUUGGAUUCACUUGAAUAAAAUUAUGAAAUUAAUAAACAGACAUAUUAUUAAGAAAUCACUGA